AUGGAGUUGAGGAUUUCCGGUGGUCUUUUUGCUGUCGUUUUAGUGGGGUUAUUAUUUUUCCAAGUGGGAUUUUGCUCAGAAAUGUUAUCGGACAGGAAUCACAUAAGCUGGGACGACCUGAAAGUUGAUGAAAAGAAAAUGCAAGGAUUCGGUACAAAAUCAGAUAAUGUUUAUCGUGUGAUUGUUGUUGACAAGAACGGAAACGGACAUUCUCGUACGGUCCAAGGAGCCAUUGACAUGGUUCCUCAACAUAAUACAAAGAGAGUUAAGAUUUACAUUCUCCCAGGAAUUUACAGAGAGAAGAUAUUCAUACCAAGUACAAAGCCGUACAUAUCAUUGAUUGGGAACCAAAAUCAAACUUCUGAUACUGUGAUUAGUUGGAAUAAUAAGGCUUCCGAUAGAGGCAGCGAUGGAAUUGAACUUGGAACAUAUCAUUCAGCUUCUGUUGCCAUCGAAUCCGAUUAUUUUUGUGCCACUGGAAUCACUUUCGAGAACACAGUGGUGGCGGACCCAACAGGGCGUGGAAUGCAAGCAGUGGCUUUGAGAAUUGCUGGUGACAAGGCGGUUUUCUACAAAGUAAGGAUCUUGGGGACUCAAGAUACUCUCUUGGAUGACGUUGGAUCGCACUACUUUGUUCAGUCUUACAUACAAGGAAGUGUUGACUUCAUCUUUGGUAGAGCUAGAUCACUCUACGAGGAUUGUGUUCUACAGUCAACGGCUUCAUUUGGUGGGGCAAUUGCAGCGCAUCACAGAGAUCUCCCACAAGAAAACACAGGCUUCUCUUUUGUCAACUGCAUAGUUAGAGGAACUGGGGAUGUCUACUUGGGCAGAGCUUGGGGAGACUAUUCAAGAAUCAUAUAUUCAUAUUGUUACUUCGAAAAAAUCAUAACUUCCUCAGGAUGGAGUGACUGGAACCAGCCAUCCAGACAAAAGACCGUUGAAUUUGUGGAGUAUCGCUGCCGAGGAGCGGGUGCUGACAUGAGAGGUCGAGUGCCGUGGAUGAAGCCCUUCAGCUACGACCAGAUAAGGCCUUACAUAAGCACGGAAUUCAUUGACGGGCAACAAUGGCUCCGACUCUAGUUCUAAUCCCAUCAUCUUCAUUUCUUGAUUCAUGGACAUAAUUCAAUCACAAGGCUU